GUCUUCACUCUCUCUAUUGACCACCGUUCUCAGUCCCCAUCGAUGCUUAUUGAGGCCUAUCUUCGUCAUUCUCUCCAUGCCCCUCUCACAUACAAAUAGAUACCCAAUGCCGUUACCUCCCGAGGAAGGCCCUGGUCUGAAUGCUGAAUGACCGCAAGGGUAGAAAGCCGUGAGAUGCUGUACUUCAAGUAGCAGCGCGAGAUCAAUGGCGAUGGACAAGAUCUUCCCUCACCACCACCACAACUACGAGCCCGUUCCCAAGACGGAGAACAGCGGCGAUGGCACCACUACCAUCAUCAAUCACGGCUCGCGCCGCCGUUACUCCGUCCAGCAAUUCCUCAAGCGGAAUCUGACGGCCAUCACGAUCUCGGGCCUGAUUUUGGUCCUGGUAUUGCUCGUGCUCGCCGUCAUCGCCGCCAUUACCAUCGAGCCGUUCCGCCAGGUGCUCGUGGUGAAGCUCUCAUCGACCUCGUCGACCAUCAACGGCCAGCGCCAGUGCUUCUCCACGAACCGCCACACUACGCUCUCCUGCGGCAACUCCACCGCCGAGGCCACGGCGAUGGGCUGCUCGUACGAUCCUUUGUCCGCCUGCUGGCUGCACAAGGACUGCCCCCACGACUACUCCGAGGACUUCGCGACCUUCAACGAUGGCAAGCCGUUCCAGUACUACUAUGACCAUGAGAUGCAGCACCCGAUGAAGGACUACACGGAGGUGGGGAACAACGAGCAGGGGUACUACUUCACGGUGACCCGCGAGCAUCUGGUGCACUGCCUCUACCUGCUCCGGCGCGGUCAUGACGUUUACAAACGCGGGGAUCGGGUGGAUACUAUGCUGGCGGACACGGGCCAUGUUGCUCACUGCGCCAACUUUCUGGCAGACUAUCUGCGGCGGCCGGAUCCGUAUCUGGACUCGUUAGGGACGCAGGGGCAGACCAAUUGCUUUAUGUCGUGUAGACCCAAGAGAGAUCAUGGCCACCCCGACCGCGACCACGAUAGGGAUACCGAACGCUGUGGUUUUGGCCGACACCGUGACUCAAACGGGCAUUGCGUCGACGGCGAGGCGAGGAUGAGUCUGACCGGGGUACUGGCGGAUGUGGCUUUGGCCAUCACCGUGGCCCCGACGGCCAGUGUUUUGAUGGCAACGAUGAUGAAUCAGACAAAGGCACCGAGGUCCUGA